UUUUGAUAUUUGACCCAAAUCCAGAAUUUCUUUACUUUGCCUUUGCGAAAGCUUUUUUCCGAUCACCGAACUCUUCUCCGGUGUCAUCAGAAUUUUGAUACCCAAAUCGGUUCGAGCCACACACCAUGAGUGACCUCCCUCCUUACCCGCCGCUUGAUCCUUCUAACUACGAUCUCAUUGUCGUCGGAACCGGAGUUUCUGAGUCCGUCUUCGCCGCCGCUGCUUCCUCCUCCGGUAGUACUGUUCUCCACCUCGACCCUAACCCCUUCUACGGCUCUCACUUCGCCUCUCUUUCUCUUCCCGAUCUCACUUCUUUCCUUCACUCAAACUCCGCCUCUCCUCCUCCUCCGCCGCCGUCAUCUCCUCCAAUUCCGCCGUCAAACAGUCAUGAACUCAUCUCAGUGGAUCUUGUCCAUAGAUCCUUGUACUCCUCCGUCGAGAUAUCGAGCUUCGAUUCGAAGAUCCUCGAAGAACACUCUAGGAGAUUUAACGUUGACUUGUGUGGUCCUAGGGUUGUCUUCUGCGCCGAUGAAUCAAUUAAUCUCAUGUUGAAAUCAGGAGCUAACAAUUACGUUGAGUUCAAGAGUAUCGAUGCGAGCUUCGUUGGGGAUUCGAGCGGUGAGCUACGAAACGUGCCGGAUUCGAGAGCUGCGAUUUUCAAGAGCAAGAGCUUGACUCUGUUGGAGAAGAAUCUACUGAUGAAGUUCUUCAAGCUUGUUCAAAAUCAAUUGGCCGAAAGCGAUGAUGAUACAACAACAACAGUGAAGAUAUCGGAGGAAGACAUGGAGAGUCCAUUUGUGGACUUCUUGGCAAAGAUGCGUUUGCCACCCAACAUCAAAUCGAUCAUCUUGUAUGCCAUUGCGAUGUUAGAUUAUGAUCAAGACGAUAUGGAAACUUGUAGACAUUUACUCAAGACCAAAGAGGGUAUAGAUCGAUUGGCUCUGUACAUCAAAUCUAUGGGCAGGUUUUCUAAUGCACUUGGAGCGUUGAUAUAUCCAAUUUAUGGACAAGGAGAACUUCCUCAAGCCUUUUGUCGUCGAGCUGCUGUCAAAGGAUGUAUCUAUGUUCUUCGGAUGCCUAUUACUGCUCUGCUUUUAGACAAGGAAACUGGGGGUUACAAAGGGGUUAGAUUAGCUUCUGGUCAAGAGAUAUUCAGCCAAAAGUUGAUUCUGGAUCCAUGUAUUAAUGUUGGAUUGGAGUCGCUGUCGUCAUUGACAGAUCAACAAAAUGAAACUCUCAGGGUUCUUGUCCCAAAGGCGAUGAUCAAUAAGGAGAAAAUAGCAAGAGGAAUAUGCGUCAUUAGAGGUUCUGUGAAAUCUGAUAUAUCGAACGCUCUUAUCGUAUAUCCACCUAAAUCUUUGUUUCCUGAACAGCUAACUGCAAUUCGGGUUCUGCAGCUUGGUAGUGGUUUAGCAGUUUGUCCUGCUGACAUGCAUGUGUUGUAUUUUUCCACUCUCUGCGAGAACGAUGACCAAGGGAUAAAAGCGCUGUUAUCAGCCAUGGGUAAUCUCAUCAGAUUGCCUGUUCCUGAGAACGAUUCUGUUGUUGAGAAUGAUACUUGUGAGGCAAAACCUCUUCUACUCUGGAGAGCACUGUACGUGCAAGAGCUAGUCAAGGGUGAAUUUGGAGGUACCAUCAGUUCCAUGCCUAGUCCAGAUGAAAAUUUGAACUACAAAGAGACAGUGGAAUCAGCCGUGAAGCUAUAUGAACAAAUCAUGGGGAGUGAAGAGUUAUUUAAAGAAGAGACCUCACUGGAAAACACAACGGAGGAAAACGAGGGUGGUGUUGAAAUAGAAGAAAAUUGAAACCGUUUGGUUUUAAAACUUGUUAUACACAUUGAUUUAUUUUUUUUAUUUUUUUUCACAUUUUCUUUAUCUUUUGUCAUCUGAAAUUUAUCAGAUUAGGAGAGUAAACAACGUAACUUUAACUUUAUAGAGA